AUGAUCGCCCAGCAGAAUGAAAUUCUCUCAGACAGUGGGACGUUUCCCAUUGGGGAACACCGACCCAUUCGCGUCGUGUGCAUUGGGGCAGGAUACUCUGGUCUGAUGAUGGCAAUCAUCGCCGAGCAGAAGAUGAAGAACCAUAACGUAUCUUUCCAAGUUUACGAAAUGAACCAAGAUCUCGGAGGCACUUGGCUCGUUAACAGAUAUCCUGGAUGUCAGUGUGAUAUCCCGGCGCAUAAUUACGCUUUCAGUUUCGCUCCAAAUCCGGCUUGGCCAAACUAUUACGCCACCUCAGAACAAAUCCAUGCAUACAUGAAGGAUGUAGCAGCAGAAUUUGGAUGUGAAAAGUAUUUCGCGUAUGGUCACAAAGUCACUAGUGCCAUUUGGAGUGACCAAUUAUGCAAAUGGAAUCUCACAGUUGAAGCGAAUGGACAAGAAUUCCAGGACUCGUGCGACGUGGUGAUCAAUGCCGGGGGGGUCUUGAAUAACUGGAGAUGGCCCUCUAUCUCUGGCAUUGAAAGGUUUCGAGGAAAACUGCUUCAUUCGGCAGACUGGGACACAACUUAUGAUUGGUCUGGAAAGAAUGUGGCGGUGAUUGGGAUUGGAUCAUCAGGAAUCCAGAUCUUACCGAAAGUCGCAAAGACGGCUAAACACGUGGAUUUUUUUGUCCGGUCGCCAACAUGGAUAUCUCCUGCUCCCGGUAUUAACGAGCCUACGCCAGAGGAUCCCGACGUUGACGAUGAGUAUAACUACGCCCCACACGAACUCGACCGGUUUAAGACUGACCCUGAAUACUUGCGCCGGCAUCGAGUGUUCCUGGCAGAUAAACGGAUUCAAAAUUUCAAACGGUCAGCGGCAGACUCCAAUGUCCAGGAUGAGACGGAUCAGUUGUUCCGAAGCACUAUGCUCGCGCGACUAGGCGAUUCGCCAAAGGGCAAAGAAAUCGCAUCAUGGCUUCUUCCAAAGUUCCCCGUGGGCUGUCGACGUCUCACACCUGGCCCUGGUUUCCUGGAGGCCUUGAUACAGGAUAACGUGGAAAGCUGGUGGGAUAGCAUCGACGAAAUCACAGAUACGGGUAUUAAACUCAAAGACGGCACCCACCGAGACUUGGACGCGAUUUUCUGUGCUACCGGCUUUGAUACGACGUUUCGGCCACGAUUUCCGUUGAUUGGGAGGAAUGCAGUGAAUUUGGCUGAGCGCUGGGCUUCUGAGGAACCGGAGGCAUAUUUCAGUAUCGCUGUUCCAGAUAUGCCCAAUUACUUCAUGUUCAUAGGCCCAAACAGUCCAAUCUCGAAUGGCUCGCUCGUACAAGCAAUUCAAAUGACCGGAAUUUACAUCUACAAGUGUAUCACCAAGCUGCAAACCCAAGGCAUCAAGUCCAUGACCGUGUCGACGCAAGCGACCAAGGAAUUCAACAUCUAUUCCCAGAACUGGUUAUCAAAGACAGUAUGGGUGGCGCCAUGCCGAAGUUGGUACAAGCGAGGUACGACUGACGGGCGGGUUGUUGCGGUUUACGCAGGCAGCUGCUUCCACUUUGCAGAAGCCUUGAGAUAUCCCCGAUGGGAAGAUUACGACUUCGAAUAUGUGACCGAUGCAAAACUAGGAUUGAACCGCUUCGCCUGGCUGGGCAAUGGUUUCAGCAGGAGGGAGAUGUUGGGAACCAGUAUCGGUGAUACUCAGACAUUGGACUUUGAGGAAUACUGGAAGCUGAUGAUCUUGCCCGAAAUCUACAAUUGA